CACGAGAAGAUCCCAGAAUAAAUGAAAAUCAUAAGGUUGGUUUAGCUACCUCCAAAAACUUGACUGUUACUGCUAUGUUCCUAGCUAAUCCACAGCCAGAUUUCAAUUGGACGUUUCAAAACUUCUCUAGUGCACCUACUGCUGAACGUUUAAAUGGGACAAACAGCUUUUCUAUACGGAGCUCUUUUUUUCGGGCAAACCUGUCAGCGGUGUCGGUAGGGAUACGUACAAACAUGCAGGAACACUGGUACGGAACAUAUAACGUCACUGCCACAAACAGUCAGGGAAGUGGAAGGAUAAGCUUUAUAGUGGAAGCACAAGGAAAGCCUAGUCCUCCAUACGAAGGAACUGUUAUUUGUUCCUACCAGAACCAAGCUAUUCUGAGCUGGAGAUCGGCUUUCAAUGGAGGAUCUACCCAAACAUUUGUGGUCGGAAAAAGAAGCAAAACACAAGGCAUAUUUGUUAUAGACAGACAACUUGAUACCCCCGAUCCAGGACAACACCGAACUGCCAAUAUUUCUAUAUCCGGUCUUGUUGCUGGUACACAGCAUUUCUUCAUCGUUUUUGCUGUGAAUGAAUUUGGAAACACAACCAUAGAAGAUGAAGUCAAUUGCACGACAAAGGCUAUACCUGACCCCGAGGCCUCCCCUUUAGGUCCAAUACUAGGAGCAGUCGGUGGUUCAACAGCAGCAGUCAUUGUCAUGAUUGUUGUAGUUAUCAUUGUCGUAACAAUGAAAAGAAGAUCCAGAAAAAACAAAAGAGAUGAUGAUAUUGAAAUGAUCCCCGAUGAAAAAAGAACUGGUGAUAAUUCAGACGGACUGAAACGUAACAUCUUGUAUGAAUCAUCUGAUGGACUCAAGGCUAACAUUUUGUAUGAGACAUCGGAUCCACAGCCAGGAACCUCAUCAGAGUAUGCUGUUGUUCAAAAGAAAUCGAAAUCAAAGCCUGUAUCACCAGAUGCGGAAUAUGCCAGAGUGGACAAAUCGAAAAAGGAAACCUCGAAACCGACGAAUGAUGUAUACGCAGAAGUAGUCAAACCUGUUGGAAAGGGUGGAAAGGGUGGCAAAGUUGGAAAAGCUAAACGCAAGCAGGGAAAAAUGAAACAAAAAGGUAGCGACACGGAGACGAAAAUCAGGGACAAAACAGAUGGAAAUGGUGAGGACGUGUAUGAAAAGGUUGAAGACAUUGAGGGGGCAUCUGGCAAUAUCUACGCUAAUUGUCAGGAUGAAACCACGCCUGUUUCCACCACAGGAUCUACCCGUAAAAUGAACCAAGAUGGACUGAUCUACUUGGAUAUCGAAUUUAAAGAUGAGAAACAAAACGGAAGCAGAAAUUAUGUCAUCCGUGGCAUUGAAAAUAGAACUGACUAUGCAGAUGUGGACUUCACCAACCAUGCAGAUCCACUCCCCCCUGACAGCGAGGAUUCUCAUCAGCAAGGAGGCUCUGUCAUAUCUAACUAGAUUCUGGUUGCACAAUCGUUUUCAUAAUCAUUUUUACUGCGGCCAUGCUGUUAAACAGUUUCUAACUCAUAGUGUUAUCCAGAAAAGCACACUAUAUAUAUUCAUCACAGUACAAAUGAAACAGAAAAUUCAAAUCUUUACCUUCGGAUCAGGUCAGGGCACGAGUAAUAAUGUUGUCUUCCUUCGGCAGUUGUUUUACUAUGUUAUAUAUCAAAUGAUCAGCAUGAUGUAUUAUAUGCACUAUGUGUUGGUGAUCCGAAGAUAUAGAUUUGAUUUUCCUGUCGUAGUUGUUUUGUGAUGAAUAUUUAUGGCAUGAGUACAAUUCGCAUCCAUGUAUGUAAAUACAUUACGACCCAGGACCCAGUUUCACUAAAGGUCGUAAGUCUACACGUAGACAUAAACGUAGACGUAGACGUAGCUUACGUCUAAAAUGAGUUUCACUAAAAGUCGUAACUGUGCAAAGCGUAAAGUUACGCUUAAAUCUACACGUAAGUCUACGUCUGCUCCUGAGUACACUUAAAAUUAAACGUAAGUGAAACAAAACAAAUUUUCAUCACAGCAGACGAUUUGAACAAUGGAUGUUUCACAACAUAAUUUCUAUAAACCGGAUGACGGAUCAUAUUCACGGAGAACAAAAUAUGUUAUAUUCUAUGUAUUUCCCCUGUAAGGAUAGUUCAGAAAGUAAGCUGUGAUCCACUUCAUUUCCGUUUUCAUUACGGGAUUAAUAAGUUUGUUUUCUGAACAAGUAAUGGACUACGGAAAGUAUUCGGCGAUGCAGUCCCCUAUGCGUUCUCUUUAUGAUUCAAAUAUUUCCUAUGACACAUAUAUACGUCUUCUGGAAAUUGUUAAAAGAAACAAUUGCAACUUUCGUAUUUGAUCUACAUUUGCGUUAUUGAUAUACGGUUUGCGAAUAAAUAUGGUGUUUGCACGAGAUAUGCACGAUAUAAUCCAGGUGCGAUUGUGGAUGUGGAUCUAUAUUUGAAAAUACAUGUAAAUGCAUUUACUGUUACAACACAGCAAAUAAAACAUUAGAUUAAGUGUUCAGGUAAAACUAAGACAAGCAGAUUCAUUUCAUUUCAUCAAUUUUUAUUGUUAUACAGGUAGAUGGAAGUCAAAAGCUCUGCCGAUUACACGUAUUACUAUAUGAGUUACCACAUCUGAUUGGCUGUAAUGCACUACUAUCUACCUGUAGUCUAAUCGGACUAGUGCACUAUGGUGUAAAUGUUAGUAUACCCGCAAAUUAAACUGAACAUUAAAGCACUGAGCAGCUAACAGCAACAGGUUGUUAAAUCAAGUGAAUGCAAUGAAUUGACAUCCGGAACGGAUGUUGUUAUACUUACCUAUAUCAUUAUUACAUGCAAAGUGACUACAAAGAAGACUUAUGUUUUGCUUUAUCAUAUCGAUCCAUGUAUACUUCCUGUUUUAUCUUAAAAUAACUACAAUGAAAAGUUAGUUGUAUUCACGGUCUUUUUUGAGAAAUCAACAAAUAAAAUAAGUAACCAAUAAGAAGCAAAAACUGAUCAUUUCUGCUUUUUUUCAUCGUUGCUAUAGCAUACACUUGAAAUUUAGAUUUUUUUUUUCAUUCGCAGUCACCUUCCGUAUAUAAUUAACCACAUUUGUUUGGCAUUAACUAGAUUCUACAGACUCAUAUUUUGGGGUAAAACUAUUAAAUCAAUAAAAAAGUGAUGAUUUCUGUAAUUUCAAAUAUUUUGUCAUGUGUUAAUUAAAUAUUUUACAUCGUAAUUUGAUUAGCUUAGCAAAUAGCAAUGAAACGAAUAUAUUUUACACACUUAAGUGGUUCAUUAUUGUAUUGGUUUUGAUUUCUUUUUCAUCAAAAUACGGAAAAAGAAAGAAGCAACCGUAUUCCAUUCCCCAAUUCAAACAUUACGGUGUGUCUUCUAGCCAUUUGCAAUUAGUUAUGCUUCUUUUUGUAUUUUCAAUGAUAGUAGGAUGAAAUUUGGUUUUUAAAUGUUUUUUAUUACAUGUACAUACGCUCAAAAAUGCAAAAAAGGACAUUUCUCACAAGAACAGAAACAGAAUUGACCUCUGUUCAAUGGAAUACUGAAUGCCAUGAUAAACGUUUCAAAAUACUGAUGUUUCUUUUUUUUUCAAUUGAUAUUCUAAACCUGUGUUGUCGUAUGCAUUGAAAAUACUAAUAAAAUAGAUAAUUUGAAACGA